GUGUCGUACGUAAAUUCUUAUCUAAUACGAAUGUUUCCGAGUAAGAAUAUAGGUCCGUUAUAUUCCGGAGCGUCAUUCGUUAAAAACGAUCGAUUUCAUUGGCCGCUUUUGACCACGUGACGUCGUAUUGUGCGCAUUAUGACGUUGUCACUAUAACAACGUCACGGAAGCUGUAAACAGUAACCGUGCACACCAGCGCUGUAAUAAAACAAAAAAUCGAAAGAUUUGUUGUUUUAAUCGCUUAUUUAAACAUAUUUCGCUCAAAGUUUUUGACAAAUGACUCGUCCCGCCUGGGUACCGAGCAGACUAGCAGAACGCCAUCUUGAGGGGCAUUAUGCAGGCGUUGUUACGAGAGGACAAGCCCGAGAAAUAGAUACACGUCCCCGUAACCGUCUGCGCAGCCGACUAAGCAUCAGACGGCCCGACACGCAGCCUCGACAGCCACUUCCGGUCCAGCAACACUGGACCACAACUCAACGCAUGCUGCACAGGAUGAACGACAGACGCCCAACUCGAAAUGUCGAACACGAAUCAAUGGUCCUCAGAAAUCGGGCCAUACCGAGCCAGUUUCAUACGCGAGGAAAUUACGUCGCAAAUACCGAAAGUCGACCAAGGAACCAGCCGAAAAUAAAGCGUUUGGUGCGCAGGAAUGCUUCCGAUAUGAAUUGCGCCGCUCGCAUGCGCACGAGAUCUUUUUCCAUAUCAUUUGGAAGCGUUCGGUCAUCGCGCUCAAAUACUACUCGGAUGAAAUGUGUGAAGCGGUCAAACCAAGGCACGAGUGCCUAUGAUCAACCCUCAACGUCACGACAAGGAACUGUGACGACGUCACGGGUGAUGACGUCAUUACAAACGCUGCCAGGACCCUCGGGAUCUCAGGGCCCUGCAGUUGAGAAUGCUGAGCGCAGACCAUACUGGCGUCCUGACCUGGACAGAGCCGGAAGUUCCUCAACGUCACAUGAAAGCCUGCAUUCCGAGAAUCACUCAGACGCUUUCAACAGAAACUUGGUCGCAAGCGUUGGGCGGAAUCGAGAAUUUGGUCGCGAAUCUGCACGGUUUGUGCGCACCACCAGAGUUGUGCCGGAGGAGGUGAGAGCCCGUAUCCGGAACCAGACACGUCAAACUCGCGCGGAGGCUAGAUUCCGUGCCCGAAAUCUAUCCUACGAAGCAGACGACGAAGCGAGCGAGAAUGAAGACAUCGGAAACGGAAGUGACGUCAUAGCGCGUGCCGCGCGAGAGCGAGGCUAUCAAACACGGCGCAUGCGCACAAGGUUUGCCCGUCGACAUUAAAAUCAUGUUGAUGGGCCUAUAGGAGGAUGGAUGUCGCGGAUGAGAAUGCAUUGUCUUCGCGUAAGCCGACAUUCACCUUGACAAUCGCAGUUAUUAACGUAGACAUUGGAAAAAGAACACACAAAAUAACAUUUGAUAGAACAGAAACAAAUCAUGAACAUUUGUCGCGAUAACACGACCGUUAAUCACGGGUGAUACUUUUCUUCCUAACUGAGUUUGUUUAGAAGCAUACAUAAAAGAGCAAAUGCUAUUUUAGGGAUGGUGCGCAUGACCGGACGUUCUGAAUAUACACGUACAAUUUUACAGGAUGAGUAGGUUUUAUAUGUUUUUUUCAACAUAUUAAGGUUUUUUUUAAUCGGGCGAUCUAGAACGAUUCAUCGAAGAAUAAUUCUUCCACAAAUGUACAAAAACAUAUAACCACAAACCAUUUGAAAACGUGAGGACCUUAAUAAGUUUUACCAUGGUGGAAUUUUAAAAAGCAAAUCGAUUUUUUUUGCCUGUGUGGCAAGCUAAUUUCCACACAAUUUAAUCGUUAACGACAUCAAACGAUUUCUUUAAACACAUACAAGUCGCUGCAUUCACAAACAAAUUGACUUCUU